UAUAAUUUUGACAGAGGCUCAAAAAUAUCUGUUUGGCUAAAACAUGACAUGAAUUGGCUACAGAAAAUAAAUAUUUUCCUCGCGUAUAUAAGCGAACUCAUCGAGAACGACCGCGCUGACGCUGCCAAAGAAAACAUACAAGAUAUCUGGGUGACAGUUCAUGGAGGCGAUCCCGACGUACAAGCUGUGCUGUCACUGCUUGAAUCUGUGGAAACGCCUGAAAAGCGCCAAAAGUAUUUGAAGAUGCGAGUCGAGAAUAUACCCCGAGAAUCGUCGUUUUGGCCAGAAUGGUUCCCGACAGACGAACAAACUGCAACUGAAUACCUUAGACUACUAUCAGAGACGAAUGAAGAGGAGAUGGAAAAGGCCGCAUUAUUUGUAUUACGACGAGCCGGCCAACUGAAUAAUUUGAAUCUAAUGAGGAUUGCGUUGCAAUUCCAUCAACCGUCUACAAAACCUUUUCACACUUGGCUCAGCUUGAUGCUUCCUUUCCACCGUUUAGAUCCAGGCGCCGAAAAACGUUUGUUUGCAGAGCCUUAUGUUGAAGGAGCGAUGAAAAUUCACGGACACGGUUUCGAUCAUUCAAGGAGCUGGAUAGUUUGCAAGCAAAUUAAUGCUGUGAUAAAGGACCGACUUGUAGCGCUACGGUAUGAUCGAUGGGCAUUAAAGAUGUUAGCUUGGCUAUGUAUAUCUGCUUUAAAAAUUAAACGGCCAGAACGCAGGAUCAGAUUCCUAAGGAUGAUUGAAGCAGAACAGUUGUAUGAUUUCUUGAAAUCGCGGAGAGGGGAAAUCCAUGACGAGACUUUAGCGGAAAUGAAACGUCAUAAGUUUGACCGAAGGACUUCCCUGAAGUUGCUGUCGAAACUGGAUGCUUCACUCUUUUUUUUGGACAAAAUGUGUGAACUUUUAAAAAGGGUACAUGCAGCAUUGGAUAUCGAAGUCAGGAAAAGCUGCAAGAGUUGAAUCAAGUAGUCUGUCAUACGAGGAAAUGCUGAUUAGACAUUCUACUCAUAUUCAUCACUUAUAACGGUACAUUCAAUCAUGUAAAUUUGUAUAUCAUCUGUAAACAAACAACUUCUGUAUAUACCACAUUUAUUUCCUUAAUUCAAGCAAAUAUAAAAAAAGAAACCGG